UUCGUGCCGUCGUCGUCGAGAAACGUCGUGUUUUUAAAUCGUCCGCCGCGCGCUCACGCACCGUCACCGAAUUUUCCCUCUCUUUCUCUCUCUAUCUCUCUCUUCCGCAUUCUCGCAUCUUUACCUCUUUCUCCCUCUCUCCUUUUCUCUCCCAUUUCUUCCCGUCAUAUUCGCCGCCGCGGCCGUUUUCGCUCGUCGCUCGCUUCCGCGCGCGCGCGCACGCGAGUGCGGGAAUGUCGCGACGUAGUUCAAAUCGCUGGCGAAUUCGCGCCGCGGGUGUCGUAUGCCGCGAACGUCGUCGCGGAUGAGCGUUUCCGCGUGUGUGCUCGGUCAAUGGGGGAUCGUACGCGAGUGAUCUCGCGAGGUGGUGCGACGGAGUGACUACGUCGGGACCGUACCUACUCGCGCGUUUCUCGCGCGACCGCCGAAAUCGGUCGGCGCGGACUUGGACAGGUGCGCGAGCGACCACGAGCACCCCUCCUACCUGCCGCGUUAUCACCGUUGGUUGCGCGCGACCACCCCGCAAAGGUGCUCCAUGAUUGCACCCCGCGUCGCGACAAGUGGAUGGGCUUCGGCACCGUAGAUCGCCCGAUAUCGCACAAGUACCGAGACCCAUAUGGAUCCCAUGAAUUAGUUACUCGCCGCGUUGGAGAAGAGAAAGGAAGCCAUCCGGCACAUGCGGGUCGAUAUGCGAUGCAUUUGUGAAUCAACGUCCGUCAUUAUGCACCGGUGAAUUUCCCCGUUUCCGUCGGCGCAUACGCCAAGUGCAGCCCGAAAUUGCCCGAGAUCGCGCCGAGAGGGUUCGCGGAUUCAUGGAAUCGUGAUCAGCUCUGAAGACUUUGAAUCGUUUGAACAAGGAAGGCGAGGCGCUUGCCCUUCAAAAUGACCUCACAACGAACCCCACCUUGGCCUUGAUGCGGCGCAUCCUUGCAGAUGCACAGGCAAAAUUCCGCGUGAUGGUGGAGGAGAACGCAGCGACCGGCGCCCGGCUGGACGGCGAGCUGGAACGCGCUAGGGGCGAGUGCGCCACUCUUCGGGGCGAAUUGCGCGAUGUUCGUGGCGCCUUGCCGAUUGUACUGAAUAAUAACAAUGCCAGCAAUGGCGGCGCUAACAGCAACAACAAUGGCGGCACAGCAACCGGUGUUUCCGGCAACGCGAAUCCUGGCCAGGAAGCCGAGGCUCAGCAACAGGCACAACAGGAAGACGGCAAGCGGCUUAGCGCCGGCAGUAGCCCGAUCGAGAAGAGGAGCUCGGCCAGUGAUAAAUCCGCCAGUCCUAUCGACAAGCGGACCAGCCCGGUGGACAGGAAGGAUAGAACCAGCCCCAUCGAUCGGCGAUCCAGUCCCAUAGAACGAAGAAAUGGCUCGCCCUGCCGAAGCCCGAGCGAGAAGGCUCGCCGCCCGUUCGCCCCCGCUCUGGAGAAGACGCGGCUGGGUGGAUCCGGGGGCAGUGUGGAUUCUCGAUCGGGCAGCGCCAGCCCGGAUCGGGGACCGACGAACCGGAGCAGCUUCCUGCAUCGCGGUGGCAGCGACCGUUCCAGCGUGGAGCGGCUUCGGAUAUCGACUAACCGUGACUCUCUGCGAUCUAGCAAGGAGAUGAACGACCAUGACCAGAAAGAUGCCGAUAAAGAUCUAGUGGACGGCGAUGCGCGAGGCGAUGAGGACAAUGAACCCCCUGGACCGGCACCGGGCAGCAGACCAUCAUCCCCGGCUAAUUCACUCGGAAUCGGCGAUCCAGUGGUAGCGUCCAGACUGUCCAACAUCCACGGCGGUGGCGGCGGACACGCGGAGCUGGCCAGCGCUAGAAGAUUGCGACUGGAGAACGAACGGCUGGUGGCCGAGGUCGCGAGGUUGAGGAGGUUGUUGCUGAGCGGCGCGGCGCGCGGCGAGGUCGGCGCCGAGGACGCCGCGAUGGAAGAAGAAGCGCGCUUUGUCGCCCUGGAAAUGGAAUUGCAGCACGCGAAGGAGGCACUCCAGGCGUUGAAGGCCGACCGGAAGCGGCUUAAAGCGGAGAAGUUCGAUCUUCUCAAUCAGAUGAAGGCGCUUUACGGCACCCUCGAAGACAAAGAGCGUGAACUCCGCGAUUUUAUCCGAAAUUACGAACAGCGGAUGCGGGAGAACGAGGCGACCCUGGGACGUCUUCAGCAGCAAGGAGCCGGCAUGCCUUCGGAUGAACGCGAACGGGAGAGGGAGAGGGAACGCUGGAGUCUUUUAAGGGCGGCGAGGGAUGAGGCCGAUCGAAGUCUGAGCCUCGCGGCUAGUUUGGCCGACAAAGAAGCCGCCCUCUCGCACGCACACGCGACCAUAAAAGAGCUGCAACGUCAACUGUCAGAACGCGGCGGUGGCGGCGGGAUCUGUCUGAGCGAUCAGGAGUCCCUGGUGUCGUUUCCACGGGGCAGCGUGAACGGUGCCGCGACGCCCGGAGCCGGCAGCAGCAGCGGCGGUGGCGGCGGCAUCAUCCCCCACGUGAACUCCCAGCCGCCCUUGGGCACCACCGAGCUCGGCAUGUCUGUGGGUAACGUAGGUGGCGGCCCGGGUGCAGGAGGAUCCUCCGGCGGCCAGGCCGGCGAUCGCGGCAGCUGCAGCGCGGACAGCGGCGUCCGCGGGUCCAGCGAUCGCGAGAGCGGCGGGGCGACCAGCGUCGGCGGAAAUCUCUCGGACUCCACGACAGACGGCACGCCAACAAUUACGGUCGAGGGCAGCGGUCUCGACAUGGACAGCAUCUCCGUGGUAUCCUCCGUAGCACCACCCCACAUAUACCAAUCCGCAACCACACCGAAGGACUGCAGCCCGACGCUGUCGCCGCUGAACGCAUUUUCAAGGUCCAUGGACAAUUCCUCGCUAUCGCGAUCGGUCGAGCAGCUAUCCAGCCCGCUGGAAUCCGAGCCGAGGAGGAACAAGCAGCCACCACCUGUCGUCGCACCUGCCGCGCAUUCGCGCUCGUCCGCCACUCGCGGCGGCACAUGGGGAUCCAUUUCAAGAGUAUUCGCCCGUUCGCGACAUCGGAAGACGGCAAACAGUUCUAGCGGUGGUAGCGGCGGCAACGAGGGCUCAGACAGCUUUGAUCCAUAUCGAUCGUGGUCGCCGCUCACCGAGGAGGGUUACGCCGAGAAACUUCGUUUGCUUCGAGAAGCAGCUUCCGUGCCCAUGGAGCGAUGGCGAGCCCCGACCGUUUUAGCCUGGUUAGAGGUGGCUCUCGGGAUGCCGCAAUACGGUCCACGAUGUGCCGAGAACGUCAAAUCGGGCAAGGUUCUACUGGAACUAAGUGACGCCGAACUUGAGGCCGGUUUAGGCGUAACUCAUCCGCUUCAUCGAAAGAAACUGCGCCUGGCUAUCGAGGAACAUCGGCAUCCAAGUCACGUUCGAUAUCCCUGUAUCGCUCAGCUCGGUCACACCUGGGUGAGCUCUGAGUGGCUGCCGGAUCUCGGCCUGGCCCAGUACUCGGAGAGUUUUGCCACCAAUAUGGUGGAUGCGCGUAUGCUGGACCAUCUGAGCAAAAAGGAGCUUGAGAAACUGCUCGGAGUCACGAGAAAGUUUCAUCAGGCCAGCAUCGUUCAUGGUAUUCACCUGCUGCGAAUGCUAAACUAUGAUCGACAGGCUCUCGCUGUCAGAAGACAUCAAUGUGAGCAGGUUGACACGGAUCCUUUGGUUUGGACGAAUCAAAGGUUUAUUCGGUGGGCGAGGAAUAUCGAUCUCACGGAAUACGCAGAAAACUUGAAAGACUCGGGUGUGCACGGUGCUCUGGUUGUAUUGGAGCCGUCGUUCACUGGCGACACCAUGGCCACCGCCUUGGGCAUACCACCGGCGAAACACAUGAUUCGACGACACCUCACCGCCGAAUUAGAAGCGCUCGUUCUGCCAGCAAGGUAUUCAGUCUACUGUCAUCCAGAGGCGACACUGGACAACGCUCACUAAUCGGCAUGACGUCGUCGUUGUUCUUAUCGUCAUCGAGAGACGGGACGACGUCUCCGGAACACUAAUUGGCAUCUACGAAACCGCGUUCGGACAUUCCUCGCCUCGAAGGAAUCUCCUUAGAGCACCUCGGGAAUUUGAUCGUCAAUUUCGAGACGCUCUCGAAGUCACUCGAACUCGCGCUAAGCGUGUUUUCUCUGCCCUUUGUACAUCGAAGAAGACGUACACUCUAAACAUCUUUUGUCGAGUCAUGCAAUAGAACGAACAUUCCUUUUAAGUUUAUAGAAUAGAAGAUAGCGUUACUAAAGUACCACUCAUUUAAUAUAAAUUAAACGGACUUAUUGAGUGAAUGUUACGGCAGCGUUUAUAGUUAAAAGUUUUUUUUGUAUAAAAAAUUCAUUCCUUGGAUCGUUAUUCACUGCUUUUUACCAUAUCACACAUUGAUCGAAAGGAGAUAGAUAAGAAGAAGACGCUCAAUUCCUUGAUCAAACGCGAAUGAUCUCGAUACAUGAAAGACAAUAAAACGGAAUUGAGUUUUUUUUACGUUUGCCGCGUAGAUUCCUCUUAGGAGAUUCCUCUUCAAGGCAGGAACGUAACACAUCGAGGAAUGAAAUCGUGUACGGUUUCGUUUUAUUCCUCAUCCCCCGAUCGACUCGUGCCAUAUGUCGUCCGGAAUUCGGCGUAUUCUCGGAACGGAAGCGGCAGGUGCAAGUUGUAAAGCAACGAACGACACGUCGCGCCGGACUCCGCGUCCAAUCCACGUGCGAUGGCCAAAGUUAAAAUCGUCAAAUUGCGAAGUAGAUCGUAUACUCGAUCGCGAUUUUCAGUCUUGAUCGAGGUAGUAGAGACUUUUUCGCUAGAGCAUCAAAAAGCAUCAGUCAAUUAUUUAUUUACAGGAAUAUUUCACGCGCGGGCAAGUAGUCGGGAGUGCUUUUUCCAAUUUUUCUCGGUAGGAGAAACGUUUUCGGAAAACUUUCGCGCGGAGACGAAUAACCAGCAAAUUUCGACGAAUCUCGCUCGACGAAGUGCGUUCCUCGCUUCUUCAUCGAUAUCCGCGUUUCACAUCGUAAAAAUAACAUUAGUUCGGGAGAAAAGAGAAAAAGAAUUGUUACUGUAUAGUCACCGUUAAUCGAUAGGCAGUUACUUUUCCAGAAUUUCUACGAGUAAAGUUAGCUACAUCGUAUAAGAGACGUAUCCGUGAACUUCCGCAAAAAGCUUUCGUAACCGACAGAACGUAAUUUAAUGUAUCGCUAAGGAAUCUCGAGAGGAAGUUGUAAAUAUUCCGGGAA